GUCUUCGUUCAUUGUUGUUGUUGUUGAUGUUUAACCCUACCGCUUCUAGCGGUUGCCUUUCUGCUAUUCAUAUCGCUCCAUGUAAAUAUUUACUCUAGUUUGGGUUGGGACACAAUAUCUAAGAUGAACUGCACACCACCCGUUUCUCCUCGGGUAUUUCAAGCCUUACAAAGUCUAAAUGUAUCAGAACUUCAGAAAUUUUCUGAAGAUGAAAUCCGGCCGAUUUUACCAUGUUUGGUUCGAAUGAGCCUGAUUUCUCCCUUAGAUUUAAACAACAAGUGUUCUGAAAAUCGCAAAAGUAUACUUACUCUUCUUGCUGGAAUUGACGUUGUCAACUCUUUGGUUGCCCUUUUAUCUAUCGAAUUCCAUGCUCUGGAAGUAGAAGUAAAGAAAGAGCAACAGUUGAGACAUAAGAUAGGUUCUGGUCAUUCAGAUGGCCUCCUUGUUCAGAGUAUGCCUAAUGGAAUCGCAAUUGAAUUUGAACGAAGUCCAACUAUGGAGCGAAUGAAACUUGUACUAAGUGAAAUAUUCUUAAUUAAUGCUCAGAUCCAAGAGCAUGCUCGCGGAAUUCAAGCUGCCCAAUCUUCUGGGCAAAUAAGCGGGCCACCUGAUUUUUUUAUGAAACAAUCAGAACUAUUUGAUAACGCUGUCUACAUAGAUGAGAUAUGUGAUGUGAUUUGUAUUGCUUUAGAAGAAUUACCAAGUAUACUGAAUCACAUUGAAGUUGUAGAAAUAUUUUUGCAUGUUCAACAUGGACCUAGAAUUAUUUGUACCAUUGUUGCUAACCAGCCAGAUGUCUUCCGGGAAGUAUGUACAGCGCUCAUUACAAAUGGUGAGAAGCAAGAAGAAGAAAGCCUUAGCAAUCGUAUACGUAUGCAAACAUUAAGUAUGCUGUGUCAAAUGAAUCCUCUUCAGGCUCUCAGUAUCCGCUCCAAAUGUGUUGAACUAUGCCGAAUGCCAGCACUAGCUAUAAUGCUCACACUUGGAAGGAGUAUGGAACAUUUGGAAGAUGCAGACAAUAUGGAGAUUGAUGAUUCAGAGAUGCCUGAUGAUAGUGAUAUUGUGGCAUUUGUGUCAGGACUCCUUCUGGGAAAUGAUCAACAGAUUCGCAAUUGGUUUGCACUGUUUGUGCGGAAUGGGCAAAAAAGAAAAUGGGAGUCACAUGCAGCUCUGCAACUUCUGCGCAGAGCAUUAUUAAAGCGACUGGAAAAUAUUAAUCGCCUAGCUAUUGCUGGUGGCAAUGUUGCAGAUACACUAGUUGUGCAGGCAUCAUCUUUGCUUCGUCUUUACUGCGCAUUAAGAGGCAUUGCUGGAAUAAAGUUUCAUGAUGAAGAGGUGAAUGCUUUGAUCCAACUGUUGACAUGGCAUCCAUCACCCUCUACAGCCGGAGUCCGUUUUGUUUCAAUGGGAUUAUGUAUGCUUAUUGCUUGCCCAACUUUGAUUUCGUUGCCAGAGCAUGAGAGAAAGGCAAUGGAAUGGCUGCAGUGGCUUGUACAUGAAGAGGCUUACUUCAAAAAAGCCAGUGGUGUUACUGCUUCUUUUGGAGAGAUGCUUUUGCUCAUGGCUAUUCAUUUUCAUAGUAAUCAAUUAUCUGCUAUAAUUGACCUUGUCUGUUCUACAUUAGGCAUGAAAGUCUUAUCAAGAUCAAAUAAUAUGAGCAAAAUAAAGCAUUUAUUUACUCAAGAUGUUUUCACAGAACAGGUGGUAACUUCUCAUGCAGUCAAGGUGCCAGUGACUCCAAACCUUAAUGCUAACAUGCAGGGUUUUCUACCUGUCCACUGCAUUCAUCAACUUCUUAAGAGUAGAGCAUUCACAAAACACAAGGUGCCCAUAAAAGAAUGGAUUUACAGCCAACUCAUAUGCAGUGAACCUCCUCUGCAUCCAGUGCUCCCACCACUAGUAGAAGUAUAUGUUAACUCAAUGCUAGUUCCCAGUGCAAAGGCUCCAUUUGAAGCAGUGAAUCAACCCAUCACGGAAGACGAAAUUAGGAGUGUUUUUCAAAAGUCAUUUUUUGGAGAAAUGUUUGAAAUCAAUAACAAGCAUGCAGUUAAAUCUACAUUACCUAAUGGGAAAUCACCUUCACUCACUGCUCAGCUUCUUCUUUUAUAUUAUCUUGUCCUUUACGAAGAUGUUCGUCUUUCAAAUACACAUGCGCAUGCACAGGCCGGUGUAUCUCCUCGUAGCUACUCAACAGAAUUCUUAGCAAAAUUACCCAUUAAACAUCUUCUACAACAGGCACAACGAGAUCAACAUAGUUAUGCAGGUCUGUUCUCUCCACUUCUACGACUGCUUGCCACACAUUUCCCUCAUCUUUCAUUGGUGGAUGAUUGGUUAGAUGAAGAACCAGCUUUAGACUCAGUCCACAAUCAGAGAGGUUCAAUGGAACUUUCAUCAACAAUUGUUGACAUUGCCUUUAACAAUCUUAGUAAUGAUCCUGCACAUCUUGCCCGUGUGUUGAGAAGGCUGACAGUCCUGCCAGCUACUGAUGUUUGGCCUUUUGCUGAUACUUUGAUAAACCAUUUUGCAACUAUGCUAGGUGAUUCUGUACCUCGUUAUAUUCAAGAACUUUAUAGAAAAGUAUGGCUUCGCCUCAACUCAGUUCUACCUCGAUGUCUGUGGGUUAUGACAAUAAAAGGCCUAGUCAAAGCAAGUGAUCCAAUUCAACAAAAGGCUCUCUGCUUAACACAAGAAAAUCUAAUGCAAGAUCCCUUGCAAGUACUUCGUUGUGAUGUUAGAGUUUUUAGGUGUGCUGCAUUGCUAGCUAUUGUUCUAAGAGUGCUUCAAGCUUCUCUAGCUGCAUCCAGAUCUCAAUUAGCUCGACACAUUUUGGAUAAACCUCUUAUUCCAGGUAAAACUGGUCAGCUAUCCACAGAAAGUGAAAGGGAAGAGCUGAAGACAGCAUUAAUUGCUACUCAAGAAAGUAUUGCUGUACAGGUUCUAGUGGAAGCAUGCUUACCCACCUCCAAUGACAAGGAAGUGCCUGGUCAAUUGUGGUCACUAAGAGAAGUCAGCUCUGUUGUUUGUUCCCAUCUUCAUCAAGUAUUUAUCUCUGAUCCAUCAUUAGCAAAACUAGUUCAUUUUCAGGGAUAUUCAAGGCCCUUAUUAGAGGUGACUGUUCCGGGUAUUCCAUCUAUGCACAUUUGCCUCGAUUUCAUCCCAGAGCUACUAUCCCAACCAGAUCUCCAAAAGCAGCUUUUUGCUGUAGAUCUAGUUUCACAUCUGGCGGUGCAGUAUGCUUUGCCCAAGUCACUUUCAGUGGCCAGAUUGGCUGUCAACACUCUUUCUACUCUCCUUGCUGUAUUGCCAAACAAUUCUCGUGUGAAGUUGUAUGGGAGGGCUCUCCCUGCGCUGGUAAGGAUAUGCAGAGCCUUCCCUCCCCUUAUUGAAGAUGUGGUGUCUUUGUUAAUGCAGUUGGGUAGGGUAUGCAUGGCUGUGGCGUCUCUGGACACCGGUUCCACUGGGUCUGCAAUGCGCUACCAAUCUGUUGCUGACUGCGCCAAGUAUGAACAAUCCAUUAAAUUAAGCCAUCAACUUCUCUGUUUAAAUGUUCAACAGGCAUUUUCUGAAAUUCUUGAGAGAGCUGUCCUCAGCACCAAUGUUUACUAAUUAAGAUCAUCAUUUUAUGGAAGGUGCACGAAGGGAAAUUUUAAGUUUGUGUGACAACUGUGGCUUUACUUAACUUGGUUGAUGGUUUUGUUGGACACAACUUUACAUAGUCUUUGUAUCCUAAUCUAAAACUCUGUGAUUUAAGAGUAGACAUAAAGAAUCUUGCAGUUGGUGCAUCAUUGUAGAAACUGAUAAAUGCUGCCAGCUAUGUGUUUGUUACCUUAGAUAGAACUUGUCUAUGUACCUGGUUAAUGUAUUAGUAUUUUAAAAGUAUUGCUGCAAUACUUGACCAAUUGAUGAUAGUGUAAGGCAUGUACAUGAUUUUGUAGUUAUGCGCUAGAGUUAGGGUAACUUUUAGUUUGUUUUAAAAACUGGAAGACUGUACAGAAUCAAUGUAAAUUAUUAACACCAUUGUAUGUACAAUCUUAUUAUGUUAUUGAUAUGGUAAUUCUCAUUUAAUUCUCCUUCACCUGUAAAUAGAUCAUUGCCCAGGAAAUCAAGGCAUUUAAGUAAUUAUUUUCACUACUCAUAUUGUGUGUAAUAUAUUUUGAAUCAACUUGUCAA